AUGGCGAUCAGCGCCUACGACGCCGCCCUCAUCUUCAUCGCGGCGAGCUCUCCGGUCGCCGUAUACAGAGCUCGGGAGGAGCCUUUGUCAUCGUCAGCCUUCGCCAUGGCCGCCUACCUCAACCUGCUCGCGCUCUUCCUCUCUGUCAAGCUCCUUGAUACCACGCCGCCGGCGGACCGGACGCGGCGGCGCCGCCUGAAGGCCGCCGUCCUGGUGCUGGGCACCACGCUGCAGGCCACCUUCAGCUACCGCGUCUGCAAACUUCUGCCGCUGUCUCUGUCGCUGUUCCUCUGGUCCGCCGUCGUCCUCGUCGCCGGCGGUGGCGGGUGGCUCCUCCAGAGCGUCGACGGCGGCCAGUGA